UUACGUGGCGUGGCAUUUGAAAAUUCGUUUUUAAAGUGUCAAUUGUAUCAGCGAAAGAAAAUAACUUUUUAGAAAAAUCGUUGAACGUUUUCAAAUUCCAUUUCUAACCCCAUUAUGACCGAAAUAGCAGAAAAAAUCGAAUCCAUCCGGAACAUGAAAACCGAUCUCAAUUCAAUCAAAUUAAUGUCCCAGAAAAGGGCCGACAAAAUGUUGCAACAUUUGGCCGAUUUUCGAAGCCGAAUUUGUAACGAAAUGUCGCAAAUUGAAAGUACUUACCAAAUCGGUAGGAACUGUAAGCAAAAAGAAAAGAGAAAAUCGGAUCGAAAAGAGAAUGCGACGUUACGCUCAGACUACAAUGAGUCUGAAGAUUACACGCAAAUGAGUGAAAUUUUAUCGAAAUGGGAAAACUAUUCUUUGAUGGGAACAGAUCUGUCAGCGAACGUUUCAAGCGUGCACGACGGUUCCAACGUUUCUCAGAACAACGAAAAAAUAAGUUCUUCGGUUGACACGUUGGAUUCCACUUCAACUACCGACAAAGUGAAUAUUCUGUUCUCAAAGCAAUUGCCUCAUACUACACCGGAUUCGCUACCGACUGCAAUCGAAGUGAAAAGUGACACUUCACCCACCCCAUCCCAUCAAGUAAAGCGUGAACUGGAAAUUCUUCAAGACGAAACCAAUCCUUUGAGCAAAGACAAAAUCGAUAAACUGACAAAAAAAUUGAAGGAAAUUCAAACGCAGAACAAGGAGCUACAAAAUGUUAACGAAAACAUUCAGAAUUUGUUGCUAAAAUUGGGAGAUUUAAAGUACGCCGAUGCCGCAGAUGCCGAAACAGCGGACAAACUGGAUACAGUUAAAAAGGAGUCUCAGAUGUCGUCAGAUGACAGCUGCCAAAUUUCUGAGAUCAUCCCUGAAACAAUCAUGAAAACGGAAAGCAGUCAACAAUUUACCAGAUCUUUUAAGAUAACAAACACAACUCGGAACAAUAUGCUUACCAAAAUCAAUGUCGCCAAAUUGGUCAUUAACAGGCUCCGUAGCUGUGGCGAUAUCGUUGACCAAGAGCAUAAAUACAAAGUUCGCGUGAGACAAGCCGAACAAAGUAUCACAUUGAAGGCUCAUUAUAACAAGCCGCAAUAGAAGUUCACAUUUGACUUGUGUUUUCAAAUUUUAUAAUAAACUCGUGUUUACUCUGCACUGAUGGAGUUGU